AUGACACCAGGCACCCAGGCCCCUUGCUUCCUCCUGCUGCUGCUAUUCCUACAGCUUACAGGUGAGGGGCACAGGGUGGGAAGGGGGCUGCCCUCCUUGUGUGCUCUACUCAGCCUUUCUGUGGAUUUUGCUUCCUGGCAGAUGGAAGCACAAGAGUCAGGAUUGCAGACAGGUCCAGGCCACAGUGAUAGCUCAGCCCCAACCUCCGGCCCUGCCUCAGGCUCAUCGACCUCAGCCCCACCAACCUCAGACCACACCACUGGCCCUGCCUCAGCCUCACCAACCUCAGCCCCAGCCACUGGCCCUGCCUCAGCCUCACCAACCUCAGCCCCGGCCACCGGCCCUGCCUCAGGCACAACCACCAGUCCAGGCCACAGUGAUAGCUCAGCCCCGACCUCCGGCCCUGCCUCAGGCUCAUCGACCUCAGCCCCAUCAACCUCAGCCCCAGCCACUGGCCCUGCCUCAGGCACAACCACCAGUCCAGGCCACACCUCACCAACCUCAGCCCAGGCCACUGGCGCUGCAUCAGGCACAACCACCAGUCCAGGCCACAGUGAUAGCUCAGCCCCGACCUCCGGCCCUGCCUUAGGCUCAACCAGUCCAGGCCACAGUGGCAGCUCUGCCAAGACUUCCACAACCCCAGCUAGCAAGGGCACUUCACCCUCAGUCCCCAACCUCUACUCUGAUUCUCCCACCACCCCUGCUAGCCACAGUAGCAGGCCUGUGGCCAGUAGCACUAGUCACAUGGUCCCUUCCCAAGCCCCCAGUCAUACUCCCUUCCCUACGAAGUUCUCCUUGUUCUUCCUGUCAUUUUCCAUUGUGAACCUCCAGUUUAACUCUUCCUUGGAGCAGCCCAGCAGCAAUUACUACCAGAAACUGCAGAGAAAUAUCUCUGAGAUGUUUUUGCAGAUUUAUAAACAGGACUUUCUGGGCCUGUCUGGUAUCAAGUUCAGUCCGGGAUCUGUGGUGGUACAAUCAGUUCUGAUCUUCCAAGAGGGCGUCACUGAUGCCUACAAGGUGAAGCAACAGCUUCUUGAUAAUGAAGCAGAAGCAGCCAACUACAACCUGACCAUCUCGAGAGUUAGUGUGCAAGGUGUGUCGCUUCCUUCCUCUGCCCAGCCUGGGUCCGGGGUCCCUGGCUGGGGCAUCGCCCUGCUGGUGCUGAUCUGUAUUUUGGUGGCUCUGGCUGCCUUGUAUCUCAUGGGCCUGGCUGUGUGUCAGUGUCGCAGGAGGAACUGUGGACAGUUGGACCUCUUUCCAGCAGGUGACGCUUACCACCCCAUGAGCGAGUACCCCACCUACCACACUCAUGCGCACUAUGUGCCCCCUGGCAGUACCAGACGUCCCUGUGAGGAGGUCUGUGCAGGCAAUGGCGGCAGCCUGUCUUACACAAACCCAGCAGCCACUUCUGCCAACUUGUAGGGGCACGUUGUCUGCGGAGAGUCUUUCUCACCAGUGCCAGCUGCCUCCCAACUCUCUUCUGGGCCUGUGAGCUGG